AUGGCUAAAUUGGGCAAACAGACAAAGAAAUUCUCUCAAUCGGGUAAAUUAAAGAAUCAGCUUGAUAAUCGUAAGAAAGUAAAAGCUGUCAAGGAUAAGCGUGAUGUUAGACAGAAGAAGGCCCAGGCAAAGAAGGAUCAUAAGCCAAAGAAUAAGAAUAACCCUGACCAAUCAAAUGAUUCUGCAAAUCAACCUGAGAUUGACUCAAACGCUGAAGAAAGCGAGGAUGACGAUCUCCCUGAUCACUCUCACUCUCAAAACGUUGACGACGUACUCAAUAUGCAACUUAGUGGUGAUGACAAUGAUGAUGACGCCGAUGACUCCGAUGGCUCCGAAGGCGUUAACGUCUCAGACGCUGAGGCUGAAAACUCUGACGCUGAACUCGAUGAAAAGUCUCACACCGAAGCAAUCAAAAACCUCAGCAAAACUGAUCCAGAAUUCUACAAAUUCUUAAAGGAGAAUGAUAAUGAAUUGUUACAAUUCAAUGGCUCUGACGAUGACCAGGAUGACCUGAAUGAAAAGUCCGUACCCGAGGAUUCUGAUGACGAGGAGGCCGCUGCUUUAGCUGAAUUUGACGGCGAGAAGAAGAGAUCUACGACAAAGCUUACCAAAAAGAUGCUCAGAGAUUGGCAAAGGGCUAUCAUCCACCAUCGUAGCUUGAGGUCCUUCAAAAAGCUCAUCCUUGCCUUCAGAUCUGCCGCCUUCUCAACUGACUUUGAAGACAUGCCUAAAAAGCAAUCUCAAAACUUUACUUACGACAUCGAGUCGGCUGAUCUUUUCAAUAAAGUCAUUCUCACUACUUUCAAAUUCACCCCCAUAGUCCUUAACCACCAUUGGCCGUGUAAGGAGCUCGAUAAUGGUAGAUUUAAAAUCUCACCAUCCCCUAACUCUAUCCUCCCUAAGCUACUCUCAACCUACGUCAACAGCGCCCUAUACUUGAUAUCACAUUUCCCUGCUACGUCUGACAACCUCGACGAGGAGAGUGAAGAUGACGGCGGUAUUCUCAAAGUCGCCGUUAGUGAGGUUGGUAAGAUUAUUCCAUACAUAGUCGGUGGGAGGAAAGGUAUAAAGUCUCUGCUCAAGACUCUCCUCGAUUUGUGGUCUUCCGCCACCGAUAGUGUUCGUAUCGCAGCGUAUAUGUCCGUACGCAAGAUUGCCUUGGCUGGUGAUGCCAGUGUAGUAGAUCUAGUUUUGAAGUCAACAUACCUCACAUUCGUCAGAGCAUGCAAACAAACUAGCAUUCACACCCUGCCACAGAUUAAUCUCAUGAAAAACACGGCUGUGGAAUUGUACACACUCGACCACGGUGCAUCCUAUCAGCAAGCAUUUGGUUACAUAAGACAACUUGCGAUACUGCUCAGAGGAUCAAUGAAAACUAAAAUUAAAGAAUCUUUUAAACAGGUAUACAAUUGGCAAUAUGUUCAUUGUGUCGAUUUCUGGAGCUUAGUAUUGAGCUUAGCGAACGACAAGACAGCACCUGAGUCUGAACUCCAAGCGUUAAUCUAUCCUUUGGUGCAGGUUAGUUUGGGUGCUGUGCGUCUCGUGCCAACUUCGAGAUACUUCCCACUGCGCUUCCACAUGCUGAGAUCGUUGCUGAGACUGGAGCAGCGCACCGGAGCGUACAUACCAAUCUCAGCGCCGCUAUUAGAGAUACUUUCAUCUGCAGAAUUCAAACGCGCGCCUAAAAAGUCCACCUUGAAGCCUAUAGACUUUGAAUUUUAUAUUAGAGUACCAACGUCGUACAGUCGCACUCGCGUCUAUGUCGAGGAAUUGGCGGAUGAACUCAUAUAUAUUCUCGCAGAAGCAUUCAUGACAAUAGGCACGAGUAUCGCGUUCCCAGAAUCGAUCGUACCUGUCGUGCAUAUACUCAGAAAAACGAUGAAAAAGUGCCCUUCUGGACAGAAAGUUGUCGGUCAAUUCAAGUCACUGGUCGAGAGACUGGAGGCACAGGCUAAGUUUAUCGAGAAUGAGAGAGUCAAGAUAGACUUCAGUCCCGGUGAAAGAGGACAGAUUGAUCGAUUUUUGGAAAGCACUUCAGUUGAAUCAACCACUCUCGGCGCUUUUGUUAAGAUAUUGAGGAAGGCGAGAGAGCAGAAACGCACGCAGUCGGUGGAGAUUAAGGAUGAUGACAGCGAUCUCGAGGCUGCGCCUGAUGCUGAGGAGGAGGAUGGCGAUGAGGACGACGAGGAGGUUGAAAUGGACGAGGAUGAAGAGUAG